AUGGCACACGCCGCGACAUUAGGCGCAUUAACUGAGGAAUUAAUCGAAGUUAUUACUUCAACAUCAAGUCUGUCAGAUCCCGGACGUUUUAAUCUACUCAAAGAGUCCAGCUUGCGAAGAGUUCGUAAUAAUAGUUUUCUACGCACGAACCAAUUUGAUAUUGAGGAUAAACUCAACGGGCUCGAAGAGCAUUUUCGUGUCAUCAACAAGGAUGGGUUAGCAGAUGCGUUGAGAGAACGUUUAGACGCUCUUCCACAUGUUUCUAGCAAAUUGACGCCCGAAGUCCUCCACUUCUUGUUGCUACUUGAGGACCAGCCUGUUCAGAAAUCUAAGCUAGCUGACCUAGAGUUACUCAAAGAGUCAGGCAAAAAUCUUGGGCCCCCUCUUAAAUGGGAAGACAUUGCUAAGGAAGAAGGCUGGGAUCAAGAUCGUGACCUCUGGAAAAAUGUCAAGUAUGGUGGAGAUAGCUCGGAAGAUGAAUAUCUUGAAAGUGUAUCUGAUCUGUCCUCUAACGCCGAGCUCACCUCGGCAUCAACCGUUGAGACACAAUAUCAGAAGUCUCCCGCCGAUUUCCUUGUCGAAUCUCAAGAUGGGAACCGACUAGAACAAGUACGAGCAACUCAGCAUUGGAGGAAUGCUACGCUAUCGAAGGAAUCGACAGGAAGAUCUCAUAAGAUUACAUUAUCUGAGUUUCACGUCGUGCGCGAGGUGCUUUUCAUGCUAAAUGGUCUUGAAAAUACCCUAUUCGACAGACAAGGGGUACCCUCGUUACAGUUCCAACUGAAGCAUACCUCCUGGGAACUUUAUAAGGCGCUACUAGGCUCUUUCAGCGAAGCUGGCCGACAAUUGUCUAUCCUGCGCGAAUUUAUAAAGCAGCCCCAGAAUAUCCCGCUAUUGCAAGUGUUCCGGGAGGCAAUUGAGGAACGACUUCGAUCAUUCGAUCGCGAAAUCUCGAAUUUCCAAGCCCGAUACGUAGAUAUUCAGCAAGAUGUCGUUAUUAGUCUAGCCCGGAUUUUAGGUGAUAUAAAACCUCAUUUGCAACCCCUUAUUAGCCUAUCAGACAUUAUCCAACAGCUCCAACGAUCGAGAUACCCUCGUCCGUUUUAUUACUUGGAACUUCUUUUUGAGGCUGCUGAACUUGCCCAACUGGAAGGACACGAUGCGGUAUAUCAGUUUAUUGCUACCCUAUUUUUCGAGUGCUUCCAAGUUUACCUUCGAUCUAUUCGUCUUUGGAUGGAGGCUGGAGAGCUGAUAGGUGACGACAAAGCUUUCUUCAUCUCCAGCUCGCCGAGUAAAGUUCCCAUGAGCCAAGUAUGGUCAAAUCAGUAUACAUUGCGAAAAACAACGGACGGUACAUUAUAUGUACCACGAUUUCUACGACCAGCGGCGUCGAGGAUACUCACCACCGGCAAGAGCGUCGUUGUACUUAAGCUCCUUGGAAAGUACCAAUCAACCAAUGCUCAUAUGACGGACUCGCCCAUAGAUGUUAACAGAGACCUUAUAUCGACGUAUGGCGUCUUCGCACCAUUUUCUGAAGUCUUUGGCGAUGUUUUUGAGAAAUGGAUGGAGAGUAAGCAUCAUGCCGCAUCCACAACUCUUCGACGGACACUUUUCGAGUCUUGCAGCCUCUGGUCAGUUCUGGAUGCGCUUCAGCAAGUAUACCUUAUGUCCAAUGGGGCACAGUCCGACCUCUUUGCUUUUGCAAUCUUCAACAAUAUGGAUCUCCUCAAUUCAAACUGGCAUGAUCACUUCAACUUGACUGCUCUAGCGCACGAAACAUUCGGUACUAUUACCAACGCUCAUCGGCUAGUCGUCAGUGUGUCCGCAGAUAACCUUGCAAAUGAUGUAAAAGAUAUUCGAAGAUCGGUUCGCAAGGGCUUACCCCUUGUUAGGAUCCUCUAUCGUUUGUCCUGGCCGAUCCGGAUUAUCUUAUCAGACGAGAGUCUUGUCCAAUAUGAAGCAGUCUUUACCUUCUUACUGCAGCUCCGUCGGGCUACUUACGUUCUUCACAAAUACCGCUUAGUCUCUGACAGCAUUGCGGGUACACCAAAUACGUCAUCGGACCAAACAACCUAUUAUGGUCUCAGAGCGAAACUCUUGUGGUUCUGCAAUACGCUUCGAUCCUACCUGAUUACGCUAGUCAUAGAACCACUCACGGCUGAGCUUCACCAUAAUCUUCGGGAUACAGAGGAUAUAACUGCGAUGACCGCAUUACACAGUGCGUAUAUAAAACAGAUUAUUAAUGAAGUGUGUUUAGGCAGCAAACUUGAUCCUAUUCGAGAAUGCAUUCUAGACAUAUUUGAUCUUACUAUCAGGCUUCAGGAUGCACGUCAGUUAGAAUCCGAACGGGAGCAGGAAGAGGAACAGGAGUUAUCACGAUUAUCAGUAAUGUCAUCACCCAUGAAACAUAGUCGACGGUAUAUGGGGAGUGGCGAAGAGGAGGACGAAACAUUUCUCUUGGAUCAAGACAAGACCUCGAUGAUGCAAGAUAAGGAAAAGACAUUCGCCGAAGUUCUACGUGACAUACGAGCGGAUACGGAUCGCCACUUGAAAUUUAUUUGUAGCGGGUUGAGAGGAGUUGCAAGGGCCAGUGGCGACGCCGCUGCAGGAAAAUGGGACACCCUAGCAGAAAUGUUUGAAGCUGGAAUUCGAGAUCGAAGAUGA